AUGGUCCUUGAGACUCCCUUGCUCCGAGUCAGCCGUCCGGUCGCUGCCUGUUCGCGAUGUAGGUCUGCAAAGAUCAAAUGCGACGGCAAACUUCCUGCAUGUACUGCUUGCGAAAGAUCUGGUAAACAAGCAGAGUGCUCAAGUACCAGCGACCAAUUCGCCAGAGGUAAAGAGCGAAGCUAUGUCGCUACUUUGGAAACGAGGAUAGAAAAGCUCGAACGCAGACUGCAGGAAGCUCAACACAGAAAAGCCUCUCUUGUGCCCGUGAACGAACACGAUGGCGCCGUGCAGAAACAUGUCCCAUCCGAAGGAUUGACCAGAACUUCAAAAAGGCUCGAAGCUCAAGAAAUUGAUGAUCUUGUGUCUGAUUUUGGCUACCUCACUGUGAAUGCAACCGCGCGAGAUUUCUACGGAUUUACAUCAAGCAUGUCCUAUGCUCGCAUGGUACUUUCUGCCUGUACCAAGGACAGCCUCCCUACAGGGUUCGUGACUCCACUGCCGCCUCGCAACGAGGCCAUAAUCACUAUCAGGCACUAUUUCGAAAACUUCUUCGUCAUGUAUCCAUUUUUUGAGGAAUCCAGUUUCUAUGCAUCGCUCGAUGCAGUUUAUAACUCGGAGAGUUCUAGGGUGUCCACAGCAUCACCGUUCGACCACUUCUCUGUCAGGCUGGUGCUCGCAAUUGCACACUCUGGACGAAUGGAGCAAAGAGGCGAUGGCAACUACAUGGCUGCAAUCGGACACGUUUCUGCUGCCUUAGUUCAUGCUGAACACGUUCUUCGUCCUGGGUCAAUCGCAAGCGUGCAAGCCAUGUUACUGCUACACGAGUAUUCCAUGAUCGACCCUCAUCAUUUUGAUAGUUGGGGUCUGAUAGGUGCAGCUUCGCGCGCCAUGGUUGACCUUGGGCUUCAUCAAGACCCUCCCCGAAGCGCUUCUAUAUCUAGAGCGAAACUAGAGCUACGAAGACGAGUUUUCUGGUGUGUUUACGGUUUUGAUCGCUCGACGAGUUUGAUUCAAUCACGAGCUUUCUCAUUCUCGGACGAUUCCGCCAGUGUUGCCCUGCCUUUCUCUGCUGCGCAGACAUUACUCUCACCAGAGGCCAAAGACUCAAACCACAUUCUGUUCAAAAGUUUUGGUUCCGCGAUCGACCUCUUCAAUCUCAGACGGAUCCAGUCGGAUUGGUACACAGAGUUGUUCCAGUCAGGACGGAUACCUUUGUCUGACCCUUACCCGAUAAUAUGGCGUUCUUGCGAAGCGAUGAGAAACUGGUUCGCUGGACUGUCCCCGAGCAUGAGUGCGGAGGUCCGCACCUUCUUUGAGCUCAAUUUGCUCUACUCUUACAUCUACAUCCUUGCUGCAUCACCACGGAUGCCAUUCGUUGCACCCUUCGCGCAAAGUCUGAUCUUCGAAUAUUGCAUCCAAUACGCGGAGAAGAUGACAUCUCAUGCGAAUGAGCGUGUCAAAACAGCCCCCCUGAGUUUUUACGAUGCGAUGCGUGUAUACAUGACCGGCCGUCAAUUUAUCGAGGUGUUGCAAGGCAAUGAAGACAGGCUUCUAUCAGGCAUCAUCCCAGAUCCGCCAUUCGUUCCUGUCGAUUCAGCGCCACCGCCGCCAGCACCUCAAACGCCCAAAGAUUUCCAAAAGAACCUCGCGCGAAGUAUCACCUGUAUAAAGCGUCUGACAGACUGUCUUGGUUUGUUUGGGUUGCGAUGGGGAUACAUGAGUUGGCGCGAUCGCUUUCAACGUGACUCGGAAAAUCUCUUGUCCUCCCUCAACCAGCGUGUUUGGAAGAGGCAGGACUCCUCAAAUGUUCCUGCUCGGUCUCUUUGGAAUUAUGCAGACCCAAUGGCGACUCUUGCGCCUCUUACAGAGACGAUCAUUCCCCCUCCUGGUCCGCAUCAAGGUCUACAACCGCUAAUCACACCUACCUACCCUCCGGAGUUUCAGCAAAGUACUGAAUUCUAUCGAUCUCACUACAACAGCGUCGUCCCUCAGACAACGCAGCAAUAUCCAGCGUGGCAUGGGCAUGAAACGCAUGGCCCGGUCGGCGACCAACAGGAGCAGCUCGGCCAAACGCAAACACAACCAUAUUGA